AUGAGACCAACUCUGCGCCCUCGGACAUUUCAAAGGCAUUGCACUGUAUCGCGCAGUGACAACGCGUUCAUUCCAACAAUAAUAAAUAGCUCGAAAGCCUCAAUUGCUUGGCUCCAUACUACAACCUCAAGAUCCGCCUCGAUAACAUGUCAACACCAUUUCCCCGACAUCUUCUCAAAUAAUAAUAACAAUAACAAACCGGAGAGUAUUCGCACCCUCCGCGCAUCUCGCACUUUACCUUUCCCCCCCUCCCCACUCUACGAGAUCAUCGCCUCAGUCGAAUCCUACUCAGAAUUCUUGCCUUUCCUCACUGCAUCAACCGUGACUGCGCGCGACCAAACAUCCGGAUAUCCGUCCCAGGCAUUUCUGACAGUUGGAUACCCCCCCUUCACAGAGACAUUUACGUCAAGAGUUACAUGCGACAGAGACCGGUGGAUCGUGGAAGCUAGAAGUGGUGGUGGAGUUGGUGAUGAUGGGCAACCGAUCCCGGGAGCGGAUGAAGGGCUAUUUAGUCAUUUGAGUACAAAAUGGGAGCUCGUACCUAAAUUGGCAACUUCAUCCUCUGGCGCAGAGACGGAAGUCAAGCUGGAGAUUCAUUUCCGGUUUCAGAACCCGAUGCAUACUGCUAUGAUGUCUGCGGUGGAGGAUAGGGUUGCUGGAGUUAUGAUUGACGCGUUUGAGAGGAGGAUUAAGGAGCAGAUGACUCUUGGCCGGUAG